AUGUGUGAACAAGAUGAAACAAUUAAUGGAUUGGAUGUAAUACAAAAUUACUAUCAGUAUGAUUUGCUUGAUCAGUUGCGCUCAUUAAUUGAUAGUUCUACCGAACAUUUAUAUCCAUUGAUGUGCCGAUUUUAUCUUCCAAUACAGUAUCACUCGGAUCUAACGAACGAAACCAAUAACGAAAUCAAGGAAUCAAUCAUUGCAAUUAAGCAAGCGGUAAAUGAUGUUGUUGAAAUGGUCACCAAAUUAUGA